UUCCAUACAAUUGUUUGAAACGAUCACGAGUAAUCACGCAAUGGAAAUAUCAUAUUUUUUUUUGAAGAAUAAAAGUAAAAUAAAUACUGAAACACUCGUAAGGUCAUCAAAAAUUGUCAAUGACUUCGAUGAACGUUCAAUGGUUCAAACUUUCACACGCCAUUUUUAGAAAACUUUAUGAGAGAUAAUUAAGAGCACGCGAAUUCCUGCUUUUAAAUUCGACACAACACUAUUGUAAUUACUCAAUAUUUUUUAUGGCGUGAAAGUGAUUCACACAAAAUAUCGUAAUUUAGUUAUAACAACCAAAAAUUAGAUUUAAUUUGAAUAUCGACGGUGGAUCAGAAAUACAAUUUCGGGAACACUUAAUUACAGACCAUUUAAUAAAUAAUUUUCAAAUGAUCAGCCAAGUGUUUGCCAUAGAAGAGAAGAGCAGCUUAGGGACUAUCUAUCUAUGAUACAUACAUAAAAGAAACCUUUCCUAAUGAAACAAUAAUGCCCCGAUUGUUAAAAUACUUACGUCGAAUAGCUGAUCCUAUUAGUCAAUUUUCUGAACACAUGGAAAGUGGAUGUUCGUUUGCAAUGCAUUGUCCAAGGCAACUUCUUCGAAGAAAGUUAACGUUAAUCCCGAUUGCAGUUUGGUGUUUUCUGAUAUUGAGUAUUGAAGGGUGUCACAGUAAAGGUAAAGAAAAGCAUCCAAUAGUUGCACGAAUGCUAAUUCGAGUUUCUUUUGUCACUGUCGACGUGGACGAGACCGACGAUAAAACGUUACAUAUAGACGCGUGUGCAGAUAGAGCAGUAUAUGGAUAUAGAUCAUCUUUAAAGACAUAUUUCCUUUCCAAUACGUCACUUAUGAAAGUAUUAGAGGAGGGUGAAGACGAAAACUUUUUGACAAUGUUGAGAAAACUUCAUAGAUUAUGGAUAUGUGACAAAUUUUAUACGAUAUGUAAAAAGUUUACGUGGUGCAUUUAUUGCAAACAUAUUCCGGAACUCAGAGCGGUGGGAUUGUGCAGAUAACAAGACUUGGAAGUGAUAAUAAUCACUGACAUAUUUUGACAAAAACGUCGAGAUCGCUUACGAUAUUCCAAAUCUGGAACCCAAAGUCAACGAGAGUUAAAGCGUAAAUCAUCAACCUAACACAACACUUCAAAAUUAUUUCCUCUUGACAGAAAGCUUGAUUGAAAAUGUGAAUUGUUUUUUCAUUAUCAACCGAAUGAUGUAAGGAAUUUGAACCAGGACUUUUUGAAUGUUGAAACUAUUUGACAUAAACCGAUGUGAAGUAGAAAUUCCAAGCGUACUUGAGCAAGAAAACUCAAACGUACUCCAUCAAUUACUUGGGUUUCUCUUGAAAUAUCUAUGUAAUCAUUUCAGUUGGUUACAUAAAUACGAAUUCAAUACGUGACUUACGAUAGCCAAUUAUGCCUAGUGAGUUUAUUAUGCGGAUCAACGUGUUUUGUAAUUCAUUUGAGACAAUGAUAAAGCAUUUAUUUUUUCACAUUUCUGCGAGAUUUAUAAGUAUAGCCGCUG